CAUAGGCGCACAGAGAAAUCAUCACAAAGCUAACUAGCUAAGAACACAGCAAUAAUGGCGCCGAUGAAGGUUUACGGGUGGGCCGUGUCGCCGUGGAUGGCGCGGGCGCUGGUGUGCUUGGAGGAGGCCGGCGCCGAGUACGAGGUCGUCCCCAUGAGCAGGUGCCGCGGCGAUCACCGCCGCCCCGAGCACCUCGCCAGAAACCCGUUCGGUGAAAUCCCAAUUCUGGAGGAUGGUGAUCUAACGCUCUACCAAUCACGCGCCAUCGCGACGUACGUCCUCCGCAAGUACAAGCCCGAGCUUCUCAAGGAAGGGGACCUGGAGGGAUCAGCGGUGGUGGACGUAUGGCUGGAGGUGGAGGCCCACCACAUGGAGCCGACCCGGUUGUCCAUCAUCCGGCACUGCAUCAUCGGCCCGUACGUGGGCCGCGAACGCGACCAAGCCACCGUCGACGAGAGCGUCGCGAAUCUGAGGGGGCGGCUCCCGGCGUACGAGGCGCGGCUGUCGGCGUGCAGGUACCUCGGCGGGGACAACGUCAUCCCGGCCAACUUCUGCCACUUCGGCUUCAUGCGCUACUUGAUGGCCACCGAGUACGCCGGCGUCGUGGACGCGUACCCGCACGUCAAGGCGUGGUGGGAUGCGCUGCUGGCGAGGCCGUCGGUGAGGAAGGUGAUCGCCGGCAUGCCGCCGGAUUUUGGCUACGCCAGCGGCAACAUUCCGUAG